GCGCGCGCCGGGGGCGUCACGUGACGGGAGCGCGGGCUUUGGAAGUCCGGGCCCCAUCUCAGCUCGGCGAGCCAAAAAGGGCGCGCUUUCGGCCUGGACAGAAACCCCUCUGCGCUCCGCGACCCGGACGGUCCGCCCCUCCCCGCCGCCAUGGGAAUCCACGGCCUGGCCAAGCUGAUCGCCGACGUGGCCCCGGGGGCCAUCCGGGAGAACGACAUCAAGAGCUACUUCGGGCGCAAGGUGGCCAUCGACGCGUCCAUGAGCAUCUACCAGUUCCUGAUCGCCGUGCGCCAGGGAGGCGACGUGCUGCAGAACGAGGAGGGCGAGACCACCAGCCACCUGAUGGGCAUGUUCUACCGCACCAUCCGCAUGGUGGAGAACGGCAUCAAGCCCGUGUACGUCUUCGACGGCAAGCCCCCGCAGCUCAAGUCGGGCGAGCUGGCCAAGCGCGGCGAGCGGCGCGCCGAGGCCGAGAAGCAGCUGCAGCGGGCCCAGGACGCCGGCGCCGAGGAGGACGUGGAGAAGUUCACCAAGCGGCUGGUGAAGGUCACCAAGCAACACAACGACGAGUGCAAGCAGCUGCUCCGCCUCAUGGGCAUCCCCUACCUGGAGGCGCCCAGCGAGGCCGAGGCCAGCUGCGCCGCCCUGGUCAAGGCGGGCAAGGUCUACGCCGCGGCCACGGAGGACAUGGACUGCCUGACCUUCGGCAGCCCCGUGCUGAUGCGGCACCUGACGGCCAGCGAGGCCAAGAAGCUGCCCAUCCAGGAGUUCCACCUGAGCCGGGUUCUGCAGGAGCUGGGCCUGACCCAGGAGCAGUUCGUGGACUUGUGCAUCCUGCUGGGCAGCGACUACUGCGAGAGCAUCCGGGGCGUCGGGCCCAAGCGGGCCGUGGACCUCAUCCGGCAGCAUAAGAGCAUCGAGGAGAUCGUGCGGCGGCUGGACCCCAAGAAGUACACCGUCCCCGACAACUGGAUGCACGAGGAGGCCCGGCGGCUGUUCCUGGAGCCCGAGGUGGUGGACCCGGAGACCGUGGAGUUGAAGUGGAGCGAGCCGGACGAGGACGGGCUGGUGCUCUUCAUGUGCGGAGAGAAGCAGUUCAACGAGGACCGCGUCCGUCACGGCGUCAGGCGGCUGAGCAAGAGCCGGCAGGGCAGCACCCAGGGCCGACUGGAUGAUUUCUUCAAGGUGACGGGCUGCCUCACCUCGGCCAAACGCAAGGAGCCGGAACCCAAGGGACCCACCAAGAAGAGAUCAAAGACGGCCCCGGCGGCCGGGGGGAAGUUCAAAAGGGGCAAAUAAAAAAAAACCCUCAGAGCUCCGGAACUUCGGCCCUCCUCGCUGUCGCCCACACCGUGCUGGGUAGUCCGGCCUCCCGUUAAGUUGUAGGAAAUCCGGUUGCCUUUCCGGCUCCGGGGCGGGGUAGGACAUUCCUCGGGCUUGCGGAGAAGCCAAGGCCUCGUUGAGGCUGCUGCUCUUUUAAGUAUCUGAUCCGGGAUUUGGGGCGGGAGGGUCACAAGUCUGUCGUCGGGAGAGGGGAGGGAGGGCGAAUGGGAGGAGGGAGGGAGGGGGAGACGCGAGGGACUGAGUCUCCCCACCCGGGGCCACGGGGCCCGGCUGGAACCUGUCCUCUUGCCGUAGCAGACUCUCGGAUGACCGUAGUCGAAGGCACGCGGACCGGAUCGUGGCCUGGAAAGCGGCUACCCUCUAGGUGGCUCUUAGACAUCCUCCCCUGCCAGGUGGGGGAUAGCGAUUGCCCACUGGAAGGAGAGGGCUGAGAAAAUGGGGGUCGAAUGAAUUAGGUGUGGCAGGAUGGAGCCCCCGAAUCCGAAAGCAUCCCCAAAUCCCAGGCCACCCUCGCGACUGAUGGUCCCGACUGGAUGAUUUCUUUCCCGAGUUAAGAGUUGAGAUCCAGUUCGCUCAGUCCGGGGCUCCGGUGUUGAUGUGCCAGAGACGUGAGGAAGCGCCGUUCCCACGUUUCCCCCACCGAGGUUGAAACGAGACACGGUCCUGCCUUUUCCCCUGGCUUAGUUUUAACUGCUGCGAGUGGGUACAGGAAGCUGCAGUCUCCCGGGCCUGUACCGAGGAAAGGGUGCUUUUUAUUUCCCCCCAACCCCGGGCUUACGCGUGGUGUGUUUCUUUGGAAGACAUCAAUAAAAUCUCAGAUCACCUGAA